AUGCAUAAAAGUAUGAGGAAAAUUUUUGACAGUAAAAUAUGUGAUAAGGUCGAAAGCAUGAAAAUAUUACUGGUAGGUGCAGGAGGUAUAGGAAGUGAGUUUUUAAAAAAUAUUAUAACGAUAGGAUGUAAACAUAUAGAUAUAAUAGAUAUAGAUACUAUUGAUAUAACAAAUUUAAAUAGACAAUUUUUAUUUAAAAAAAAAGAUGUAAAAAAAUACAAAGCAAUAGUAGCAAAAGAAAGAGCAUUAAAACAUUGUAAAGAUUUAAAUAUUAAUGCAUACACACAUGAUGUGUGUACAAUGAAAAGUAGUGAUAUUUCAAAAUAUGAUUAUGUAAUAAAUGCCUUGGACAAUAUUAAGGCAAGAGAGUAUGUUAACAAAUUAUGUAUAAUGGAAAAAAAAAUAUUAAUAGAAGCAGGGAGUACAGGAUAUAAUGGUCAGGUAUAUCCAAUUUUUUCAAAUGAAACGAAAUGUUAUAAUUGUGAAGAAAAACCAAAAAAUAAAACAUACGCUAUAUGUACAAUAAGACAAACUCCAUCUUUACCUGAACAUUGUGUAGCUUGGGGUAGAUUAAUUUUUGAAACCUUUUUUUGUAAAAAUGAUAAUGAGACAUUAAUUGAUAUUAAAAAUCAUAUUGAAGAAGAAUCAAAAAAAAGAAAUAUGGAAAAAAAAGAAAUUAUCAUAUUCAUAUUUAACUAUUUAUUUCAUGAUACUAUAAAGGAAUUGAUUUCAUUAAAGAAAGAUUAUGUAAUUACACCCGUCCCUGUACUCUUUGAAUCGAAUUAUCUGUUUGAUUCUGCUUACAUUGGGCAGGUUGUUUCUCUUAAGGAUGGUUGUGAAGUCCAGCUGGGAGAAAAUCCAGAUCAAGGGAUAAAGGGAGGGAAAAACGAAGAGAAGGAACAAAGAAGCAAAAUAAAGGGGAAAAACAAAGAAUCGUGUAAAGGUAAAAAUGUAACUGUAGGUGAUAGAGACUCACUAAAUACAAGCGAAGGAAUAGAAGAUGAAGAAAAAAAGGAUCUACAACUGCGCUCCCAAAUUAUAUGGAAUAAAACAAAAUGUAUAGAAAUGUAUGUAAAAAGUUUUUUGAAUUUGUAUAACUAUUUGAAUAUAAAUAAAAAAGGAGAGGAUUAUUUAAUAUUUGAUAAGGAUGAUGAUGAUUGCAUUAAUUUUAUAGCUGCUCUUUCUAAUUUAAGGAUGAUAAAUUUUUCAAUCAAUCAAAAAAGUAAAUUCGACAUACAGUCUAUAGCUGGAAAUAUUAUUCCUGCAAUUUCGUCAACAAAUGCUAUAGUCGCUUCUCUUCAAGCAGUUCAGUUAAUUCAUGUAAUCGAAUAUUUCCAAGUUUUAAAAAAUAGUGAGAAGGAGGAAAAUUCCGAAAGGAGGGAAAAUAGGGAAAGAAAAAAUUUAAGGGACAGCAAAGCAAAGCAUGUGUGGAUUAAAAGUGUAGUUAAUGGUAAUAAAAUAUUUUCAAGGGGAAAUAUAGUUAAUUCGGAAAAUUUAGAAGCACCUAAUCCUAAUUGUUACAUAUGUCAACAACCAGUGAUAAAUAUUUAUAUAAGAAAUUUUAAUGAUAUGAGCUUAUAUGAUUUUGUGAAAGAUGUAUGUACAAACGAGUUAUAUUUUUUAUACCCAUUUUUAGACAAACAAGAUAGAAAUAUAUUUGAUUAUGAUUUAUUUUUAGAAAAUGAUGAAGAUUAUAUAAAAUCUUUAUAUAACUCCUUAAGUGAUUGGGAUAUUAAAAAUGAUGAAAUUUUAACUUUAACAGAUUUUCAAAAUAAUAAGGAUCAGCUGGAAAUUCAUUUAAAGCAUGACCCCUCCUUAGAAACCUCCUAUUUUAUAAAACAAAAAAUAACAAAAAAGAGGAACGUGCAAACGGAGGAUGAAGAAGAUACUAUUAAGAGUUUGAAGAAGAGGAGAUAUAUAGCCUCAGACGAGGGAGAGGCGAACGAAAGUAAAGUAACUUAUGACACACACAAGGCAGAAGAAAUAAUAAUAGAUGAUGAGAGAAACGAUAACUCGGACUUGGUACUAAUUGAUUAA